AAAGUAUUGGAUAUUAUUAUAUAAAUAUGAUAUGACAAGUCCUGCAUAACAUUCACAGCCAAGGAAAUUAAUUGCAUUCAUCUGAUUUAUCAACGAAAGAAAUUAUGGGAGAUGAAGGUAUCAUGAGAGGUGUCACAAAGCAAGUCAACCCUGGGAAGGCUUCCAUAUUAGCUCUUGGCAAGGCAUUCCCACACCAACUUGUCAUGCAAGAAUACUUGGUUGAUGGAUAUUUUAGGGACACUAACUGUGACAAUCUUGAGCUCAAACAGAAGCUAAGCAGACUUUGCAAGACAACAACAGUGAAAACAAGGUAUGUGGUCAUGUCUGAGGAGAUACUAAGGAAGUACCCAGAACUUGCGCUUGAAGGCCUUCCAACGGUGAAGCAAAGGCUAGAGAUAUGUAACAAGGCAGUGACACAAAUGGCAAUUGAAGCCUCCCAGGUUUGCAUCAAGAACUGGGGUAGAUCCUUAUCUGACAUAACACACUUGGUUUAUGUCUCAUCAAGUGAAGCUAGACUACCAGGUGGUGACCUUUAUCUAGCCAGAGGACUAGGACUCAGCCCUGCGACUCAACGAGUCUUGCUCUAUUUCGUGGGGUGCUCAGGGGGUGUGGCCGGCCUACGUGUUGCAAAAGACAUAGCCGAGAACAACCCUGGUAGCAGAGUGCUUCUAGCUACUUCUGAGACUACAAUCAUUGGGUUCAAACCACCAAGUGCAGAUAGACCCUAUGAUCUUGUUGGGGUGGCUCUCUUUGGUGAUGGCGCUGGUGCAAUGAUAAUUGGCUCAGACCCAAUAGAGGGUACUGAGAAGCCUCUCUUUGAGCUUAACACAGCAAUUCAAGAGUUUCUGCCAGACACUGAGAAGAAAAUUGAUGGAAGAUUGACUGAGGAGGGGAUAAGCUUCAAGUUAGCAAGAGAACUUCCUCAAAUAAUUGAGGACAAUGUGGAAGAUUUCUGUGACAAGUUAAUGAGUGUUGCUGGAUUCCAGAACAAGGAGUAUAAUAAGCUGUUCUGGGCAGUGCAUCCAGGUGGCCCUGCAAUCUUGAACCGCAUAGAGAAGAGGCUCGACUUGCUGCCAGAGAAGUUGAAUGCAAGUAGAAAGGCUUUGAUGGAUUAUGGAAAUGCUAGCAGCAACACCAUUGUGUAUGUGCUGGAAUACAUGCUAGAAGAGGCCAUUAAGAUUAGAAAGGAUGGUGGAGAUGAUCCUGAAUGGGGCAUGUUGCUUGCUUUUGGACCUGGGAUCACUUUUGAAGGGAUUCUAGCAAGGAACCUGUGUAAUUAACCUUUGAAACAACAUGUGAUGCAAUGUUGUUAUUGUUGUCAUAGAGGUGUGUUGUGUGAUACUGAUAUAUCACUAUCCAAUACAAGUUCAAUGCUUUAAUGAUAAAAUGAAAAAAAAAAAAAAUCUAAUAAAUUCGUUUCAACAAAACCCUUAUCAAGGAAUUUUAUAUUAUGAAUCACAAGUUUAUCAUCGUGCUAGAGGGCAACAUUCACAAUUGUGUAACUUCUAGAUCCGUUAAGUAGGCAGAGCUCCACGUAAGACUUUGUUUAUAACUUUGGCAUUUGAAAUGGUGACAACAAAAAUCCA